GGGAGAGAGAUUCCGGCAGCGUCACCGCCGGCCGUUGGCUUUAUAGCCGGGCACCGGUUGGAAACGGAUUCAGCCGGGUGUUGGGAUGCUCUGUGGGAGAUAAAGUCUUGCAUGAGUGAGAUCGAGGCUUACUUCAUCAACGGGACGAUCGACAUUGGGGCAGAGUGCUGCGAAGCCAUCACCACCAUCACGCGCCACUGCUGGCCGGCUGUUCUCUCCGGCAUCGGCGUUUCCCCGGAGGAGUCCGACAUUCUCAGAGGCUAUUGCGACGCCGCCGAAUCGUCGCCUCCGGCUGAUGAUGUCGGCGGCUCGUUUCAACCCAGUCCAAGUCCUCCUGUCGUCAAUUAGUAUAGUACAGUACAAAUCAUGCUGGUCUUCGUGGCAACUGCCGCCCGGCUGCCACGUGUACCUACAUGUCUGAAGGAUCGAUCGAUCAUCUGAAU